AUGGCCGUCGCACUUUCGAUGCGACGCUCGAGUCCAGCCAGCCUCAUCCUGGCCGCGCUGCUGACAUUCGGGUUCAUUUGUGUUCUGCUGCGCCCCUCGUCGCCGCCCGCCGCAGCCGCGUCGUCCUCCGAACAACGCCAGAAAGACGCCGCCGAACACCCUCUCUCCCCGCCGACCAAGCCCUUCUUCAAGUCACAGGCCCUCCGCAGCGAUGGCGUGCAGGCCGCCCCACCAGUGGUGCACUACAACCUAAACAACCUGACCAGCACGGCGGAGUCGAUCGCGCUGAGCGAGCGAGUGCUCAUCCUGACGCCGCUGGCCCGCUUCUACUCGCAAUACUGGGACAAUCUAGUGCGGCUGAACUACCCACACGAGCUGAUCUCGCUGGGGUUCAUCGCGCCCAAAACCAAGGACGGCAAUGCCGCCGUCAAGGCGCUGGAAAAGGCCAUCGCCCGCACGCAGUCAGGCCCCAUCGACAACCGCUUCGCUAGCAUCAGCAUCCUCCGCCAGGACUUCGAUCCACCGCUCUCAUCGCAGAACGAAAAGGUCCGCCACCAGCUCUCGUCGCAGAAGGUCCGUCGCGAGGCUAUGGCCCGCGCCCGCAAUAGUCUCGUCUUCACGACUCUCGGGCCCAGCACCUCGUGGGUGCUCUGGCUCGACGCCGACAUCGUCGAGACCCCGGCUUCGCUGAUCCAGGACCUGACCAGCCACAACCAGCCGGUCGUUGUGCCCAACUGCUACCAGCGCUAUUAUGACUCCAAUUCCAAGCAGUGGGCCGUCCGUCCCUAUGACUACAAUUCCUGGAUCGAUAGCCAGCAGGCUCAGACGCUCGCCGACGACAUGGGCCCUGAAGAUAUCCUUCUCGAGGGUUAUGCCGAGCUUCCUACCUACCGCACUCUCAUGGCCUACAUGGCUGACUUCAAGAGCUUGAAUCCCCGCCGCAUUAUCCCACUCGAUGGCGUGGGCGGCACUGCUCUGAUGGUCAAGGCGGACGUCCAUCGCGAUGGCGCCAUGUUCCCACCUUUCCCGUUCUUCCACCUGGUCGAGACUGAGGGCUUUGCCAGAAUGGUUCGGCGGUUGGGAUAUGCCGUGUUCGGGCUGCCGGAUUAUUUCGUCUAUCACUAUAAUGAGUAA